AUUCAAAUUCAAAAGGCGGCAAAAGUGGGCGUCAAUCCGGAGGCCUACAAAAAGUUUAGCGAAAGUCAAAUCGGAUACAUAUUAGGCGAUACGGGCAGGAGUUUUGUGGUGGGCGUAGGCGUCAACCCACCCACCCGUCCUCAUCACAGAUCAUCGUCGUGCCCGAAUGAGCCGGUAUUAUGCGACUACUCAGCCAUGCAAAAUCCAGGUCCCAAUCCCCACAUACUUACCGGCGCUGUGGUUGGCGGACCUGAUAAGAGCGAUGCCUACGUAGAUAAACGGGACGAUUACGUGCACAACGAGGUGGCCAUGGAUUAUAACGCCGCCUUUCAGGGCACGUUGGCCGCGCUCCUACACCUCAAGUCUUAAUAAAUGCACGUUUUCUUGUUAAUGUCUCCCCAAAGAGUAUUAUGGAGUUUCAGUUUAAAUAUAAUUUUAUUUUAUACAAUGUUUUUGUAUUUUUACAUGUAUUUGUGGACCAUUUAUUAAUUAAUAAUAAAAUUUACUUUUGAUUCAAAAAUAAUAAUAAA